CUGUAGUUUGGAUUUAAGAGUCUCUCUUUACUGCACAUUAUACUAGAAGAAAUGCAGAAUAUUGUUUUUUCCCGGUUCUCUUCCUGUUAGAGACUUUAAAGGAUUACAUUCAGUUAUUGAAUGUAAAGUUCCGCUUGCAGUUGGUUAGCAUUUGAAAAUCACCAAUGGAAAACUUCAUUUUGUAUGAAGAAAUUGGAAGAGGAAGCAGGUCAGUGGUUUACAAGGGCAGGAGGAAAGGGAGCAUCAAUUUUGUGGCAAUUAUCUGUAGUGAGAAAUCCAAGAGGCCUGAGCUGACAAACCAUGUGAGGCUAACUCAUGACAUGAAGCAUGAUAAUGUGGUCUCUUUCCAUGAGUGGUAUGAGACUAGUAAUCAUCUCUGGCUGGUGGUGGAGUUGUGCACAGGAGGAUCACUACAGGCACUUAUUUCGCAAGAUGAAUGCUUGUCAGAUGACAUUGUGCGAGAGUUUGCUAUAGACCUCCUUAAAGGUCUUAAGUACAUCCAUGACUCUGGUAUAGUGUUCUCAGACGUCAGCCCUGCUAAGAUCUUACUGGAUGGUUUAGGUGCUCUGAAGUACUCAAAUUUCUGUCUGGCCAAAGCACAAGGAGAGAACCUAGAUGAGUUUUUUGCUCUUGUGAUGUCAGACGAGGGAGGGGACAACAAAGAGAGUCCUACACCUCAAAAAAAUAUUAAGAACCGAACCCAAGGGUCCGUGCUGCACUGUGCUCCAGAAGUGCUGAGAGGAGAGAGCACAAGCAUCGCCAGUGAUCUCUGGGGAUUGGGCUGCAUCCUCUAUGAGAUGUUUAUAGGAAGGCCACCUUUCUUCUCAGAGACGUUUAGUGAUUUGUUUGAGCUCAUUCUGCAUGAAGAUCCUCCACCUCUGGUGCAAAAAGGUCCUAGCUGUCAACCGUGUAGUCCUGAGUUCCAGGACCUCGUACUGGGUUUGCUGCAGAAAGAUCCUCUAAAAAGGCUAAACUGGGAACAGUUGUUGCUGCACCCAUUUUGGAAAAAAGCAUUUUUUGUGGAUGUUUCCUCCAGGGGUAAUGUAGAUGAAAAUACCUCCCUUAGCAACAGUGUACAGUUGGAGUCGGGUCUUUCUGAACUAGCCGACGAAGCCCAGACAGUGACCGCUGCUCACAGUAACCCACACCUCUGCAAGUCCUUCACAUUAGAUAAUGUGGCCGAGUUUAGACCCAAGUCUGUACUGAACACAGAUGCCAACGAGUCUAUUUUCCUUCUCAGUUCAUGUCCAACUCCAAGAACAAGCUGCAUUGCCAAAGACAUCGAGAACAGAGAUAUCAAGACACAGGACAGCAGUGUUUUGGAAGAUUUGCAGCAUCAUUCAGAAGCCUGCAUUAAAGAGCUCUUAUACACUGAAUCAGAUCUGACUGUGACUCCUAUUAUGGACAACCCAAAGAUUCUGAAAAUGGCUCCUGUUCGAUUUGACUCCAAAACACUGUGUGUAUCAGCAUAUUCAGUUGAGCGUUUGGCAUGUCUAAGCUCAGGUGAAUGGGCUGCAUUCCUGCAGCAGGUAUGUGCUGUAAUGGAGUCAAUGGAAAAAGCUGGAUCUGGAGCCACCACAACACCACGUGCCAAACUGAACCUACUCUGCUAUCUGUGCUGUGUUUGUGGCCACAGAGACACAGCCACUCUCUUAAUGCAUUCCCAGCUGUUUCCCGUGUUGAUCCAGCAGCUGCGGCAGGCCCCUAACUGGGAUAUGAAGACCAAAGUGAUGAGAAUCAUCGGUCUGUUGGCCUGUCACAGUACAGACCUCAGAGAGGACGUUCUUGUCAUAGAAGCAGUUUCCAUGUUCACAGAGCUUAUUCGUGAGAACUUCAGGAACAGCAAGCUGAAGCAGUGCCUUCUGCCACCACUGGGGGAGCUCCUAUACCUCAUUGCUACUCAGGAGGAAAAGAAAGAGCACCCAGGAGGAUUGUGGGUCGUUCCUGCUGCCACCUACACUGUGUUAAUGAGGUGCCUUCGGGAAGGGGAGGAACUGGUGGUGAACCACAUGGCAGCAAAAAUCAUUGAGAAUGUGUGUAGCAGACAGUCUCAGUGUGCUCAGGGCUUUAUCACAGCAGAAGUGGGACCUGCCCUCUGGUAUCUUUUUACUCACUCGACUCUGGAUGCGCUGCGUGUCAGUGCUAUGUCAGCGCUGUGUAGAAUAACCCGUCAUUCAACGACAGCAUUCCAAAGUGUCAUUGACAAGGUUGGAUUACCCAGCAUCCUCAGCUGCUUUGUGUCAGGAAUCAGCCGUGUACAACAACACAUGCUCACCAUGUUUGCCGCCAUGUUGGCAUCCGGAGCACACUUACACAGACUAAUACAGGACAAAGAUUUUGUUGUAAAGAUAAUCCGUUCUCUGGAGAGUCCGUCUUUAGUCAUCCGAGCCAAGGCCUUUCUGGUGCUGCUGCAAGUUCUGAUGAAUAAUCGGGAGAUGCUACUACUAUGUUGCAACUCCAGGUUAGUGAUGUACAUUGAGAGAGACACCCGGAAGGCCACACCAGGGAAGGAGCAACAAAGUGGCAAUGAAUACCUGUCAAAAUGCCUGUCCCUAUUCAUCCAUCACACAGUGCGAGAACUGCCAGCUAUCUUGGAUGACAUUCUGACAGCAUUAGGGAGCAUUGUGGGAAGAAAGCAUCCAUCCACUGCUCAGACUCGUCAGCUCAAACAAAGCCUUCCCAUGACUGUUGUGGUGCUGAACCUACUUUCCUCACAGAUUUUCAGGCCUCAGGUGGUGAAUGAGGAGUUUCUCAUCAAAUUUGGAAUGCUCCUGAAUCACAUAACAUCUAUCGAUUCAAAUGAGACCAGUCUGGUAAAUUCUGUGGGGCCAACACCGUCUGAGGAGUUGAUAAGAAACACCCUGUCAGCAGUGGAGGCUAUUUCCCAGCACCCAGCCCUUCUAAGCCGUUACCACUGCACUGUUGUGGAUUCGAUCCUACCGCCAUUGGCAUCUCUGGCAUUUAGCAAGAAUGUGGAGUGGAGCAUUGCGAGUUUAAGGGUGCUGUCAGAUAUCACUCUGCAGUUGCUGAGCCAGGAGGUGAUGGAGGUAGAGGAAGGAGAAAAGGAAACCUGGGAUCUAGAGCGCAAAUCCUCAAACACACGUCUGUUAUCUCUCAUAACUGAGUUCCUGCUACCACAAUACACGUCUUUGCUUCUGGAGCCGGACCCAAUACCUGUCUAUGCUCUUAAACUGCUAUCUUCUCUGACUGAGCACAGCAAGCAAAUCAACAGGUUUGUCAGGGAGAGUAGUCUUUUGUCUGCCAUCUUUGAAGUCAUAGCGGUCCAUCAUAAUAACAUCCUUGGUGGCAUCAUGCAGAAUGCUAUGACCAUCCUCGCUAAUCUGAUUGGACCAAAGGACACAGACUUUCAACUUUUUUACAAAGAAGGUAUAAUAGAGUUGGUGUGUGGAGUGUUUAUGGAGGCAGCAGCAUUGUAUGUAGAGAAAGAAGAGAAAUGUGGGGUGAAGAGCUGUUUGGCUCUACUGCUGUCCCUGCUGGACAUCAUCCACUGCCUGCUCAAACACCUCUCCACUAUGGUUCGAAUGGCUCUAAAGUCUGACAGUGAUGAAGACACAGAAGCAGCAGAAGAGCUCCUGCUUAUUAACAAGCCACUUACUGAUCUCAACAGCCUUCUCAUUCAAAUGCUGCCAUGUGAUGAUACAGAAGUGUAUGAGGAGGCCAGUCAGUGUGUAUCACUACUAGCGCAGCUGUAUGGUGGGGAUGCAGCUGCUCAUUUGACCCCAGAAGACCUGCUUAGCCUUGCACACUCACUUCAACUACACACCGAGCCCAGACAGCAGAGACUACUACUCCGAGUCCUCAAACGCCUGAUGGGUGCAGUAGACAGUGCAGGCUGGGGAACAGAAGGAGGUCAGAACCUGGUGCAACUGCUUCAGAAUUUGGUCUGUGGUAACAGGUCUCAGUCAGACACUGCAAUAGGAGCAUUAGCUGAUGAGAUUUUGAAAGGACUCAGAUGCCAAGAUGGGACAUCAAACAAAGAGCACUAGUGAAGUCUCACCUCCUAUGCACUUAAUGUAUCUCAUGGUUAAUUUUGUAUGCCACUUUUAGCACAGAAAAUAUUUUAUUGUACUGAAUUGUUGUAUAAAUAAAUUAUA